UGCUGUCCCGGUGCCGAGCGGGGUGACGCCGGGCGUCGGCGGAGCGCGGGCGCGAUGCCGGUCCAUUCGCGGGAGAAGAAGGAGAACAACCACGAUGAGAUGGAGGUGGACUACGGGGAGAACGAUGGCAGCAGCUCCGAGGAGGAGGAGUCCGAGAGCUCGUCCGUGUCCGAGGAGGGGGACAGCUCAGAAAUGGAUGAUGAGGACUGUGAAAGAAGAAGAAUGGAGUGUAUAGAUGAAAUGUCCAUUCUUGAAAAACAAUUUACAGACCUCAAAGAUCAACUUUACAAAGAGAGAUUAAGCCAAGUGGAUGCAAAACUACAGGAGGUCAUUGCGGGAAAGGCACCAGAGUACUUGGAACCACUGGCAGCUCUGCAAGAAAACAUGCAAAUCCGAACAAAAGUGGCAGGUAUCUACAGAGAGCUCUGUUUAGAGUCUGUGAAAAACAAAUACGAAUGUGAAAUUCAAGCUUCCCGCCAACAUUGUGAGAGUGAAAAGCUCUUGUUGUAUGACACAGUUCAAAGUGAACUAGAAGAGAAAAUCAGGCGACUUGAAGAAGACCGACAUAGCAUUGACAUUACCUCAGAGUUAUGGAAUGAUGAACUUCAGUCUAGGAAGAAAAGGAAGGAUCCAUUUAGUCCCGAUAAGAAGAAACCCGUUGUUGUAUCUGGCCCCUAUAUAGUGUAUAUGCUACAAGAUCUUGAUAUACUGGAAGAUUGGACAACAAUAAGGAAGGCAAUGGCUACGUUGGGGCCACAUAGAGUGAAAACAGAACGUAAGGACAACUUGCUUAACACUUACUUUAUCCAAGCCCCUGUCAAGUUGGAAAAACACCUGCACAGUGCAAGAUCUGAAGAAGGAAGGCUCUAUUAUAAUGGGGAGUGGUAUGGACGUGGACAAACAAUAAGUAUUGAUAGGAAAGAUGAAUGCCCUACAAGUGCCAUAAUUACAACAAUUAACCACGAUGAAGUGUGGUUUAAGAGGCCUGAUGGAAGCAAAUCCAAACUGUAUAUUUCUCAGCUCCAGAAAGGAAAAUAUUCAAUCAAACAUAAUCACAACUGACCAUUAAACCAGCCAGCCAGUGUUAUCCUGCUUGAAGUGCCAUGAGAUGAAAGAUGUAUUUACUCUGUAUCCUCAUCUAUUUUUGUGGCAGUAUCUGUGUAUUUGUAGUAGUGUAAGUAAUCUUCAUACAGAUGUCUUAGAAUAAGUGACACAUAAUCAUGUUGACCAUGACGUCUUGCUUCUAAUUUGGGUCCAGCACCUAACAUAGAAAAAAAAUCAUUUGGAGAGUCUGGGAACAUCUGACUAAGGCUGCAGUCCUAAAAAGCCAUGUGCAUGUCUAGAAGAAAAGGAUACAUACAGCUACAGGGGGCUCUUAAGUUUUUCUGCAACUGUUUUUAUGGCUGAAUGCACAUGCUAAUUUUAAAAUUGCCUAAUGAGCCACAAGGGAACGGGGAAUGAUGUUGUACAAAGGCACUACCUGGAUGUUUGUUUAGUUCUCCAUCGUAUAGGCCCAUGGGCUUCUAGGAUUGUAGUCUAAAACUAUUUGUGUAAAAUGGGAAUAAAGUGGUAUUUAUCAUUUUUUAAAAAGUAAAAUAGGUCAUGUAACUGUAAAGUUUAUCACUACAUAUAACAACAACUCCUGCUGCAUUUUAGAGAACAUGUCAUGCUUGUCUUGUGAACAUAUGUUAGCUUUCACAGAUAUUACUUUGAUAUAGACAGUUUGUGAAAUUUGCUUAAAUGGACAACUAAAACAAAAACGGAAACCCCAGAUAGUUGUUCUAGCUCUGUUACCCAAGACAAACUGUUACCAGUUUUCUAUUAAUCACAAAAAGCUAGCACCAAGCAAAAUGUUUGCUAGGUAAAAAAAGAAAAAAGGUGCAAAGGAGAUAGCACUAUUUCUACUAGUAUUAAUCCCCCCUCCUAAAAGGGUAAAAGUACCUGUUCUGUAUAUAGUGAAAUAAUAACCAAGUAUUACUGCAUAUUGAUCUAUAGUGAAAUGUACUAGUAGUCAAAUGAAGUGUAAUCCUUAGACAGUGUAUGUUGGGCAAAAAACAUGGUAUUUGCUGCUUCAAAACAUUAGGAAGCUUGUAAGGUUAGCAUCAGGAGUAGGAUCUCUUCAUUUUGCCAUUCAUGUUUGAAGCAUGUGGAAGGGAUUCAGGUUGGGGUGGGGAGAAGGCAUUAGUUGGUGGUUAUGUGCACUUUAAUAUCCAUUCAGAUGAGCCUUCGAAGAAAGACUACAUCUGGUGGAACAGACUGCCAAAAGUGUUUUUUUAAUGUUCUACGUUAGAUUAGUGUUAAAUAUGGAAUAUUUAACAUGCAGUCUCCUGAGUUAGAAUCUCAGUAUGUAAAAAACAAAUCAUUGUAUUUGUGACACUCCCAACCUCAUACCCAGCAAAAAGGUCUAAUGGUGGGCAAGGAUUGGGUAACUUUAUAAUGCAAGCGAUAACCUUUAGAGUGGAGCCUGUUUCACUUGAAAACGGCAACAGGGGGUAGACCCCAGGACAGGUAUAGCAGAAGCAUUUCUGCAUAAAACUGUUGGAGCUGAAGGCAAGUAUUUUUCUGCCUUGUCCUUUUAUCUUGAGCUUAAAAUGCCCUGGAGGGGAAUAGUGCUAAAGCUGGAUUCAGCUACUUUGAUUCUGACAACUUGCUCUCAUUUCAAAUUCUUAACUCUGGUAGUUUUUUCCAACCAGGACGGUUUCAGCUCAGCUGAAACUGUCUCUACUCUGAGAAAGCUUCAUGUGGUUUGGGAUUUUUGGAGUGAAGGGUUAGCAGCAUCUGCCCCUUGCAUGGAUCCACAGGUCAGAAGCACAUCUAUGUAUACAUACACCCUGCACCAAUCUGCAUUACAGGCCAAGUUUGGCUGCAUGUUGUACUGCAUAAAGGGAUCACAGAGUGCCAGCCAUUGUCAUGUGCUCAUGUUGUCCCACUUCAGUAUGGCUGGAAAUAUGACACAUCUGUGUGUCGGGGAAGUGUAGUCUCUUGCUUGCCAAUUUAAUUGGUUCCCGUUAAUAAACUGCUUUCAUGUUUUUGUGGAAAUGUAUUUGCUGAUAUGGGGAAACUAUUUGACCAUUGCCAAAGCCUCUAAAAUACUAGGCUACUGAAAUUAAUCUAGAGCUGUACUCUUGUUACUCUGCAUGUCACACAUAUUAAGCCAAAUGUAUAUAAAGUAAUAAUGACAGGUUGGCUUUUGACAAAACCUACUGUAUGUAUACAGUUUGAUAAAGCUUUUUUGUAAUGAAAUAUUUGUAUUUUUUAACCCAGUGUAUAA